GUAUGGUCAUUUGCUGAGGCUGCCGUAACAAAUUACCACCAACUAAGUGGCUUAGAAGAAACCCAAGUGUAUUCUCUUACAGUUCUGGAGGCUGAAAGACUGAGAUGGGUCUCACAGGGCCAAAAUUAAGGUGUUGGCAGGGCUGGCUCUGUCUGGGCCCCUCGGAAGAACCCAUCUCCUGGCCUUUUCUGGCUGCAUUCCUUGGCUUGGGGCCCCUUCCUCCACCUUCAAAGCCAGAGGUGAUAAUCUCUGAUUCUGCUUCCCUGGGCCUCUGGGCUCUUGUGGCCUUUUGUAGUCGAAUCUCCCUCUGUCUCCAUUUCAUAAGGGACAUUGUAAUUGCAUUCACCCUCCCCGACCCCACCACCUACCCCCCUCAAGAUGGGUAACUUAAUCACAUCUGCGAAGUCCUUUUUGCCACACUCUAUGUGGGGCGUUGGGGUCACGUGUUUGCAGGUUUGGGGAAUUAGGACAAGGAUCUCUAAGAGGGGCUUUAUGCAGCCUCCCACAUGGGAUAAGGGCUCCUCCUCGAAGGCUUCCCAGCCUCCCUGGGCUGAGGCCAGGACAAGUUUUUCUGUGGACAUCGGUGUUGGUGUCUCCAAGCUGAGUGUGUCCACGUGCAUGGGUCUGUACAUGUGUGUGCAGACCCCUCUGUCAGCUUACUGGCCUGUCUGGUUUUCUGCCUCCAAGGAAGGCAGGGCCACUGCUGGGUAUGGGGAUCUGGGUCCCUGGUCUAAGGGACUCUGGGAAAGUCUCGGGCUUGGGGCUCCACAGGAGCCCGAGCUUUGGUGUAUGCCUCUGAGGUGGAUGGAGGGAGUGAAUGCAGGUGCCUUCCACCCCAGGCAGGCAGGAGUGGAAGCAUGGGGUUGAUGCCUGCAGCCCAGCUACUGAGUGGGCACUGCUCUCCCUCCUGGCUCAGGGCAGCAUUCUAUCCCUGGCACCUUUCUGAGCCCCUGCUCAAGCCCCUAGAAUUGUAGAGAGGAGAGCCAGACCCUAGCUAGGACCCAGAGGAGGCUUGUCCUUGCCCAACCUAAAUACUCCCAGGUGGGCAGGAAGACAACGCCAUCGCCCCCUGCUGCUGAGCCACCCGGAUGCCUGGCACUUUGGAGGCUGCCUGCCAUGAUACCACCCAGAGUGGGCCUGGGGGGAGCAGGCUGGCAGAUGUGCAGCCUGCCUCCUCCCAGCAGCAACCAUUCAUUCAUUCAGCCUUCACUCAGAAAUACCCUGUCUGUGCCUGCCCAGAGCUGACUGCUGGGUACACAUAAUUCAGCAGAUAUCAAGGACUUACCAUGUGCUGGGCACUGUGCUGGAUCCUGGGGAUGCAGAUAAAAGAUCACUGCCCUCAAGAAGCUGACAUUCCAGCAGGGGAAUAAGACAAUAUACAAUAAACCAUGAAAGAUCAAUGAUCUGGUGUGCUAGCAGUUAAAAAAUGUUAGGACAAAGAGAAACACAGAGCAGGCAAAGGAGCUCAGGAGUGCCAGAUCUGGGGUGGGAGGUUUGUAAGAAGGCCGGAUGGCCCUAUUGAGAGGGUAACAUGGGAGCAGAGACGUAAUGGAGGCGAAGGAGGGGUCAUGUGAGACUUGGGAGAGUUUCCAGGCUGAGGGAACAGCACAUCCCAAGGCCCUGAGGCAGGAGAAUGCUACUCAGUCAACCGCAAGCAGGCCAGUGGGUCUGGAGAACACUCAGGGGAACAGCGGGAGGCAAGUCCCAUAGGGCCUUGUUGGCCAUCUGUGGACUGUGGCUUUGACUCCAGAGUCAGCCAGGGAGGGAUCUGAGCAGAGGAGGGACCCAGUGUGACUUAGGUUUGAACAGGUCCCUCCAGGGGCUGGAUGUGACCAGCCCCUGGAGGGUGGAGAGCAGGGCAGGACAGCCAGAAGGGCGGUGGCACCUGCAUGGGUCUAGGAGAGAGGGUGGGGCUGGUGGACAUGGGGGCGGUGGGCUGCGGGCACACCCUUCAGCGUGGUGGACCCAGCAGAACUUGCUGAGGGGCCCGGGGUCACCCGAGGCUUUGGGCCUGAGGAAUCUGAGUCUUGUCACCUAGGUCAGAAGGAGUGUGGGAAGAACUGACGGGGAGGACUGGCUGGGGGCCCCGCUGGGCCAGCGCACACCUGGCCUCUAGGAGCCCCAUCUGGAGUGAUGUGGUGUGUGCUCUGAUGGGGCCCCAGGGGUUUUGGGAAUGCGGAGGAGGAGGUCUUGUUUCCGGAAGAGGUUGCAAGGCUGUGGUGAAGGCAGGUGCAGCCCAGCCUCCCACUCAAGCUACACCCUGGCCCUCCAUGCACGAGGCCCUGCAGAACCCUGGAGAUGGUGCCCACAAGGGCAGGAAAGGACAAGUCGGUAGCCGCUGUCCUGAGGGUACCAGCUGUGGUGCGGGAGCCAAGACCUGAGAGUGGAAGAGUCCUCUUCGAAUGGGGAGUGCCCAGAAAGGUGUACCCACUAGAGGUGCUACCCUGAAUUCCCAUCUCUGCCUGCUCUCUGCCUGAGCUCUGGGCCUUAGCUCCUCCCUGGGUUUGGUAGGGGACAGGUGUGAGGCCCUCAUGGGAUGUAGGCUGUCUGAGAGGGGAGUGGAAAGAGGAAGGGGUGAAGGAGCUGUCUGCCACUUGACUAUGCAAAUGGCCUUGGACUCAUGGGACCCUGUCCUCCUCACUGUGGGCAGGGUGGAGUGGAGGGGGAGCUACUAGGCUGGUAUAAAAGUCUUACUUCCUCUAUUCUCUGAGCCGCUGCUGCCCCCGUGGGAAGGGACCUCGAGUGUGAAGCAUCCUUCCCUGCAGCUGCUGUCCAGUCUGCCCGCCAGACCCUCUGGAGAAGCCCCUGCCCCCCAGCAUGGGUUUCUGCCGCACUGCCCUGCACCCGCUGUGUCUCCUGGUACAGGCCAUCGUGCUGGCCAUGACCCUGGCCCUGGGUACCUUGCCUGCCUUCCUACCCUGUGAGCUCCAGCCCCACGGCCUGGUGAACUGCAACUGGCUGUUCCUGAAGUCUGUGCCCCACUUCUCCACGGCAGCACCCCGUGGCAACGUCACCAGCCUUUCCUUGUCCUCCAACCGCAUCCACCACCUCCAUGAUUCUGACUUUGCCCACCUGCCUAGCCUGCGGCGUCUCAACCUCAAGUGGAACUGCCCGCCGGUUGGCCUCAGCCCCAUGCACUUCCCCUGCCACAUGACAAUCGAGCCUAGCACCUUCUCGGCUGUGCCCACCCUGGAAGAGCUAAACCUGAGCUACAACAACAUCAUGACUGUGCCUGCGCUGCCCAAAUCCCUCAUAUUCCUGUCCCUCAGCCAUACCAACAUCCUGAUGCUAGACUCUGCCAGCCUCACCGGCCUGCAUGCCCUGCGCUUCCUAUUCAUGGAUGGCAACUGUUAUUACAAGAACCCCUGCAGGCAGGCACUGGAGGUGGCCCCAGGUGCCCUCCUUGGCCUGGGCAACCUCACCCACCUGUCACUCAAGUACAACAACCUCACUGUAGUGCCCCGCAACCUGCCUUCCAGCCUGGAGUAUCUGCUGUUGUCCUACAAUCGCAUCGUCAAACUGGCGCCUGAGGACCUGGCCAAUCUGACCGCCCUGCGUGUGCUCGAUGUGGGCGGAAAUUGCCGCCGCUGCGACCACGCUCCCAACCCCUGCAUGGAGUGCCCUCGUCACUUUCCCCAGCUACAUCCCGAUACCUUCAGCCACCUGAGCCGUCUCGAAGGCCUGGUGUUGAAGGACAGUUCUCUCUCCUGGCUGAAUGCCAGUUGGUUCCGUGGGCUGGGAAACCUCCGAGUGCUGGACCUGAGUGAGAACUUCCUCUACAAAUGCAUCACCAAAACCAAGGCCUUCCAGGGCCUAACACAGCUGCGCAAGCUUAACCUGUCCUUCAAUUACCAAAAGAGGGUGUCCUUUGCCCACCUGUCUCUGGCCCCUUCCUUCGGGAGCCUGGUUGCACUGAAGGAGCUGGACAUGCACGGCAUCUUCUUCCGCUCACUCGAUGAGACCACGCUCCGGCCGCUGGCCCGCCUGCCCAUGCUCCAGACUCUGCAUCUGCAGAUGAACUUCAUCAACCAGGCCCAGCUCGGCAUCUUCAGGGCCUUCCCUGGCCUGCGCUAUGUGGACCUGUCGGACAACCGCAUCAGCGGAGCUUCGAAGCUGACAGCCACCAUGGGGGAGGCAGAUGGAGGGGAGAAGGUCUGGCUGCAUCCCGGGGACCUUGCUCCGGCCCCAGUGGACACUCCCAGCUCUGAAGACUUCAGGCCCAACUGCAGCACCCUCAACUUCACCUUGGAUCUGUCACGGAACAACCUGGUGACCGUGCAGCCGGAGAUGUUUGCCCAGCUCUCGCACCUGCAGUGCCUGCGCCUGAGCCACAACUGCAUCUCGCAGGCAGUCAAUGGCUCCCAGUUCCUGCCGCUGACUGAUCUGCAGGUGCUAGACCUGUCCCACAAUAAGCUGGACCUGUACCACGAGCACUCAUUCACGGAGCUACCGCGACUGGAGGCCCUGGACCUCAGCUAUAACAGCCAGCCCUUUGGCAUGCAGGGCGUGGGCCACAACUUCAGCUUCGUGGCUCACCUGCGUACCCUGCGCCACCUCAGCCUGGCCCACAACAACAUCCACAGCCAAGUGUCCCAGCAGCUCUGCAGCACAUCGCUGCGGGCCCUGGACUUCAGCGGCAAUGCGCUGGGCCAUAUGUGGGCCGAGGGAGACCUCUAUCUGCACUUCUUCCAAGGCCUAAGCGGCUUGAUCUGGCUGGACUUGUCCCAGAAUCGCCUGCACACCCUCCUGCCCCGCACCCUGCAGAACCUCCCCAAGAGCCUACAGGUGCUGCGUCUCCGUGACAAUUACCUGGCCUUCUUUAGGUGGUGGAGCCUCAAAUACCUGCCCAAACUGGAAGUCCUUGACCUUGCGGGAAACCAGCUGAAGGCCCUGACCAAUGGCAGCCUGCCUGCUGGCACCCGGCUCCGGAGGCUGGACGUCAGCUGCAACAGCAUCAGCUUCGUGGCCCCCGGCUUCUUUUCCAAGGCCAAGGAGCUGCGAGAGCUCAACCUCAGCGCCAACGCCCUCAAAACAGUGGACCACUCCUGGUUUGGGCCCCUGGCGAGUGCCCUGAAAACACUAGAUGUAAGCGCCAACCCUCUGCACUGCGCCUGUGGGGCGGCCUUUAUGGACUUCCUGCUGGAGGUGCAGGCUGCCGUGCCUGGUCUGCCCAGCCGGGUGAAGUGUGGCAGUCCGGGCCAGCUCCAGGGCCUCAGCAUCUUUGCGCAGGACCUGCGCCUCUGCCUGGAUGAGGCCCUCUCCUGGGACUGUUUCGCCCUCUCGCUGCUGGCUGUGGCUCUGGGCCUGGGUGUGCCCAUGCUGCACCACCUCUGUGGCUGGGACCUCUGGUACUGCUUCUACCUGUGCCUGGCCUGGCUUCCCUGGCGGGGUCGGCAAAGUGGGCAAGGUGAGGAUGCCCUGCCCUACGAUGCCUUCGUGGUCUUCGACAAGACGCAGAGCGCAGUGGCAGACUGGGUGUACAACGAGCUUCGGGGGCAGCUGGAGGAGCGCCGUGGGCGCUGGGCACUCCGCCUGUGCCUGGAGGAGCGUGACUGGCUGCCUGGCAAGACCCUCUUUGAGAACCUGUGGGCCUCGGUCUAUGGCAGCCGCAAGAUGCUGUUUGUGCUGGCCCACACGGACCGGGUCAGUGGUCUCUUGCGCGCCAGCUUCCUGCUGGCCCAGCAGCGCCUGCUGGAGGACCGCAAGGACGUCGUGGUGCUGGUGAUCCUGAGCCCCGACGGCCGCCGCUCCCGCUACGUGCGGCUGCGCCAGCGCCUCUGCCGCCAGAGUGUCCUCCUCUGGCCCCACCAGCCCAGUGGUCAGCGCAGCUUCUGGGCCCAGCUGGGCAUGGCCCUGACCAGAGACAACCACCACUUCUAUAACCGGAACUUCUGCCAGGGACCCACGGCCGAAUAGCCCUGAGCCGGAAUCCUGCAUGGUGCCACCUCCACACUCACUUCACCUCUGCCUGCCUGGCUCUGACCCUCCCCUGCUUGCCUCCCUCACCCCAUACCUGGCACAGAGCAGGCACUCAAUAAAUGCUACCGAAGGCUA